GUUUCCCAGUUCCUCCGCCGCGCGAGCUCGAUUCCCAUCUCGACAACCCUCACCCUCCGAGCCAACAUGUCGACCGCUACCACCACCAACGUUGCCGAACCCAUCACGGCCGAGACGAUCCUUCGCCUCUUUCCCGACAUCGACACGAGGAGCGACGCGCUCGAGGGUCACGAUGAGGAACAGAUCCGCUUGAUGGACGAGGUCUGCAUUGUCACCGACGAGAACGACCUUCCCAUUGGCACUGCCAGCAAGAAGCUCUGCCAUCUUAUGACCAACAUCGAUAAGGGUCUUCUUCACAGAGCCUUCUCUGUCUUCCUCUUCAAUGACAAGAACGAGCUUCUCCUCCAGCAGCGCGCCACCGAAAAGAUCACCUUCCCCGACAUGUGGACCAACACCUGCUGCUCGCAUCCUCUGAACCUUGCCAACGAGACUGGAUCGACCCUUCCCGAUGCUAUCGCUGGUGUCAAGAACGCUGCCAGGAGGAAAUUGGACCAUGAGCUGGGCAUCAAGCAGGAGCAGGUCCCCUUUGAGGAUUUCCGUUUCCUUACCCGUAUCCACUACAAGGCUCCUAGCGACGGAAAGUGGGGUGAGCACGAGAUUGAUUACAUCCUGUUCAUCAAGGCCAACCCCGAGGUCAACGCCAACCUAAACGAAGUCCAGGCCACACAGUGGGUUUCUGCCGAGAAGCUCAAGGAGAUGUUCAAGGACCCCUCCCUCAAGUUUACCCCCUGGUUCAAGCUCAUCUGCGAGUCUAUGCUCUUUGAGUGGUGGGCUUCCCUUGACAACGGGCUUGAAAAGUAUACCGACGAGCAGGAGAUUCGCCGUAUGCUUCACUAAGCGAGUGCAAGCAAGGAGAAAACCACGAUGAACAAGACCACCGUCGCGUGUGUGGAAACGAGAACGUGAAAACAAAAUAAAGAAAGCAACUAUUGCCUGUCGGAUUUACGCUUUUCGCAACCAGACAGGACCUAUAAUUCUAAUCAUAUUACCUACGUUCACUCAACCCCGAGAUAUCCGCUUUUGUUUGCCUGACGAAUAAGACGUCGUGCAAAGGGCCUCUCAUCUUCUGGUUUUAUUUUGUUUGCGUCGGUCAUGGUCGGCGCUUGACGGGAUUGUUCAUUCAAGAGUAAAGAUAAGGGGGGAAGGGCGAAUAGAGGACAAGAAACACGUUACACAUCCACAUCCACCAUAUGUCCUGAACGCCUUGAUUUGGGGGUUUGCAAUGGCUUCCCUACCUGGUAGCACCGUGGAAUGACAUGCGUUACGAUAACAAACACUGCGGAGGCAUGCGCAAGCCUGUGGGUGGAACGUAUUGGCGAAGAACUGGUGAGCAU